AGAAAAGGAACGUAACAUUCACUCUGUUGUGUUGUUUUGAUUUUGAUAGUGAAAUUGUUAAAUCAUUUUUAACAUGAUCGGAGAAGUAUUUCUUUCUGGAUUAUGUGCAUCAAUUGGUAGCACUUUAGGUAAAUUAGCUGGAACAGAAGCAGUUGUGGGUAAUAGCUACGUGAUAUGGAUUGGACUUCUGUUAGCAAUGGUGCUAGUCAAUACUUGGGGCUGCCGAUAUUACUUGAGAUCCUUAGAUGCAGCGAGUAACACUGUGAUUCCCACAGUCAUCUCCUCAGCGGUUAAUUACAUAAUUUCUGGUGUCAUCGGUAUGUCAUUAUUCGGAGAAGCGGUGUCGCUGCGCUGGUGGGCCGGCGCCUCACUCAUUACUAUAGGCCUCGGCAUGGUGGCCACUCCAGAGAAGAAACGGACGGAAUAACUACUAUCAAUCUAGUUAGUGAAGUAGAAAUUUAAUAUUGUCUCCGAACGAGGCGCCAGUGUUUAAUCGAGGGCCACUUUACCGAUUACGAAUUACUUCGGCGGGCUGGGGCUGUAUGCUGAUCCCACAUUGUUCUAAAUUUUAAAAUCAUUGAUCCAAGGGUAAAUUUCAGUGCUAAACUCGACUGAAGUGCCACCAC